UCAGCAUUUAUUUUAUAAAGGAAAACGUUUGGUAGAACAGUUGCUUGUAUUGCUCGUGUCCGCUUGUAAUAUUUCGCAUGAUUUGCGCGCGUACGUAGCUAAUUUGUCAAUUUCCUUGGCGAUAUUUUAGUCCAAGCUGCUCAACUUUUGGUUUCUAGCGCUUUUCUUUGUAGCGGAGAACCGUCGAACUAAUGAUGAGUACAAUACAUUUGUGGGAAUCUAUUGUUUAGAUUUAUAAAUAAGACAUUUCAUGUCACAUAAUACGCGUCCACGAGAUUUAAUUGGUGAUUGUUAUUUCGGUUAAAAAAAUUGUUAAGUUUGCCGACAAGAAUGAGAAAAGGCAUAUGCAGCAAACUAUGUUUAAAUACCCAUGUACAUUUGGUGUACAAUUUGUUCAAAUACAAUGCGUAGACGUAAUAAUUAUCUAGAGGUCACUGGUAUCUCCCGCAGUGGCCGUGUGAGAAAGAAAUCUUCCAAACUUGUCGACUUUGAAUCGCCAGACGAUUUUACGGAUAACAAAUACAAACGUCAAAAAGCUCAGCAAUUACAAAAUCAACAAUUGUUGGAUAGAUAUGAUUCAGAACAUGUAUCGCCUACUCGGUCGAUACAUGGGAGUGGUGGACGACAAAGAAAAAAUUCUAAUUCUAAUUCUGGUCAACAAAGAAUUAAGGCUGAAACGUUAUCAGAUAACGAAGGACAAUCAUCAGGAUCAGAUUCGGAUGAUCCCUCUGGGUUGAACGAAGAUGAAAGAUACAGUAUGGACUCUGGAAGUGAUGACGAUGUAGAUCCACUUAUGAUAGACGAUAGAGAAACAGGCUUUAGAAAACUCGAGCCACCUGGCCAAGAAACACCUUCUCAAGCGAAUAGUUUAUACAUGCUUGAGAAAUGUAAGAAAAAACUAAUUAUCAAAGAUGGCAAAAUCAUAGGUAGAAUGAAGGCGCAACGAAAAGACAAAGGGAAAACAAGAUUUACUGCUUACAUGUUGUGGGCUAAAGAAAUUAGGCAAGAAUUGCUAGAACAAUGUCCAUAUAUGGAUUUUGCAGCAAUUUCGAAACGGUUAGGAGAACUGUGGGCUACAGUGCCGAAUCUGGAAAAAUAUAACUGGCGCAGACGCGCGAAACGCUUGGCAGCGAAACCUCAUUCUUUACCUGCGAGUAAAGAUGAGCCUGUUUGGAAAAUGCCAGCGCCCGCUUCGCGAAAAAAGUUCAUUAAUAAAAUUGGUAAUGGAAAAGAGCAAAAACCUGCUACCUCUAAAAAAACAAUUCAGCUAGGUCUACCGUCCGUAGUAGGAAAUGUUCCAGUAUCCCCACCGUCGAACCGAUCGGGGAAAGAUUUAGUUAACGAACCGUUAAUAGGCACCGGAAUGUAUAAAGUAGUCGGAACACAACCGAUCGAUGUUGCCGCCCAUUUAAAGCUUCUCGGUGAAAGCUUAACUAUCAUUGGUGAACGAUUAAAAGAACACGAUGGACAAAUUGCAGUUUCCGGCAGUCUAUCGGUUCUGCUGGAUUCUCUUUUGUGUGCUCUGGGACCUUUGAUUUGUUUAACGCAGCAAGUGCCAGAAACGAAUGGAGCUAAACACGAAACACUUUCGCAGAUGCUCGAUAAUAUUGCAUAUCUUAUGCCUGGUUUAUAAUGUAUGUAUUAAAUAUCUAGAUGGUAAUCUGUAAUAAUAUAUACUGUAAAUACAUUGUAUAUUAAUUGAAUAUACAUUAACGUAGUUCUCGCCUUCUUAGUUUUUCACUAUUGAAUCGAUAAAAAAUAAGAUUAAGAGAACAUGGAAUGGAAUUCCAGCCGUGUAUUUCAGAUUAAAAACCACACUAUGGUUUUUGGGUUCGUUUCAUUUUGUUCAUUUAAAAAAAUAUUCUACAACAAGAAUAUCUAACUGUUUCUCUUCUAAUAAUUGACUCUUAAUUAGACAAUCAUCA